AGGAACCCAUUUUUACCACUGUCCCUCCAAGACGAGCAAAUAUCGGUGUAGUUGUAGUUUUGUCACAGUUGCUGUGGUAGCAGUCUCCACUGUAGCGAGCCUCGCGACAAACAUUUUCUACCGUCAUUCUGGUGCUUGUUACGCCGUAGUACUCGUCUUCAUUCGCGUAGUCACACAAAUUUGUUGAACAUUCCUUUUCGAUACCCCCUCAAAUAAACUCACGUGGAGCACCUGAAAUAGAAGAUGUCGUCUACUCCGUCCUCUUCCCCCCCACCCUCAAAUGCCGGCAACACCUCGGGCAACGGCUCCCAGGAACUCUACCCCUACACCACCCCGAGUCUGCAGGCGCGGGCCAAGCAGGAAGUGCAACAACAGCAGCAGCUCGGGAUCCGCCCGAUCGUGUUAAGUGGUAUCCGAACCCCGCAACAGCCCGGAAUGGGAACGAACAAAUGCAAUAGCGCAACACCUUCAGCGUUAAAUGGCGCGCCGACAAACACGCUCGGCGUGGGGCAAUUGCAGCAGCCAUUCGGACUCCCAUCCUUGCGCACGAUUUAUUUAGGGCAGCAAAGUAGUACUAGCGGCACGGCGUCCGUGCCGGCGCUUGGCAGUGCUACUGUAAUUACUGCGGGUAGUACGAGUAGUAAUUAUCCAGCGCCUGUGAAUAAAGCGCUGGUUCCGCCGAGUCUAACCGUGCCCACCGUCAAAGUUGGUUCAUCUCCACCAACUGCUUCCCCAGGAGUGGUUCAAAAACUGCAAAUUCGCAAUAUCCAAGCGAUCGGGGAGAAUAAGCUGCUCACACCGGACAGCUCGCAGCCGAACACGCCACUGUCGACACCCAUGUCAUCCUCCACAGCGCAGCAAGGCAGCACCAGGAGUCCUACUCACAACAUGAUGAGACACCAGCCCCCGACCACUCUAGGCAACAACAACAGCAUGAUCAACAAUCCGCAGCAAAAGCGGAUCAAGCAGAAAGAGAUUGCGGUCAAGGUGCUGGGGCGGGAUUUGAUCGGGAAAGCUUAUGAUGAAACGGGCAAACUCCUCGACGUCUCUGGCCUGCAGAUCAAGGGCCGGUCCCGCGGGAAGCGCGUGGCGAAGAACCCGGAGCGGAUCGCGCAGCUGAAUCGGAGCCAAAACAUCCGGGGCUCCAUGCCCACGCCAACUUCGUCGGCGCCGAGCGGGAAGGACCCGUUACUGGAGGUGGAAAUAUCGCAACUUUUCCCCGACCGGGACGCGCGGAGUGAGUACCAGAACCAGUCGGAACUGGUUCGGCACGAGUUGGUGCACACGGUGUUACCAGAUUUGGUUGGCGAGGCCUAUGAUGACGACGGGAAACCCAUCGGAUCGCCACAGCUCGUGGGGAAACGCAGUCGCGGCAAGAGGAUUGCGUCGGGCACGGGUUUGAAUGCGGAUGGCGGGGCGGGAGGACAUGUGCGUGAUGAAAUCAGCGGGGUAUUGUUUAGUUUGGUUUAGGGCUACUUCGGGUUGGCGUUCUUUUUCUCCGUAUCAGAUUCGACAUGGUGCUAUGAUCGAUUUUAAUUUGUGUGCAAAUUUAGAUUCUCAUUUUUCUUGUCGCCUUGCAUGAAAAAAUGCAAAAGAGCCAACAUCUGAAAACUAUCACUCUCAGGACGCGGCCGCUCAAGUAGAUUCGGAGCUUGACGCAAAGAUUGACCAAGUUUUUCAGGAUCGGGAUCAGCGACCCGGGGUUGCGAAGCCGAAAGCGAUGGGUGGGGAUCAGCAGGCGCAGCUGGUGCCGGAUUGGCGGCUGAAAUACCUCGGCCGGAUGUGCGAGGGGGUCUGCAAAAUUUGCCCCGGAUUGGAUUGAGCUUUUCAAUCGCUUUAUUUUGCUCGAGUGGUGAUGUUUUGUUUUCCCGAGCGAGCAGCGGGUUUCUGCUCUUUCCACGCAUAGGAUUUGAAGCUGUAGUAACGGUUCGAUCGUUUCCAUGAAGAGGUGUAGUCGGUUCGCCACAGCGCUAUCUCUGUGUUUCCAAAGACAACCCGAGUGACCAUUUCAUCUGUUGAACUCUUCUCAGGAUCUCAAAUUUAGAUUUUUCCGAGAUGCGAUAUAUUGGCGCUGGCGCCUUCAGCGUCACGCAAUUGUCCCUACGGAGAUGAAGAU